GCGCGCCACCACCAUCCUUCUCGCCACCGCAGUCAAGGCAGCCAACAUGGCUGCUGCUCGCGUACCCGAUGGUUCCUUGUGAUCGUGUCCAAAAAACGAAAUGCUCAGAUGGAUGUUGGACCUUUGUUGAAGUUGGACGAGCAAAUUUGAGUACAAAACCCACAGUGAGAUGCAAGGCGACGACAAAAGAAGCGACCUGUUUCUUGGCCAAGGGAACUCUGGGACUUGGGAUACGCGGCCAGGUUCAGAGUCCAGAGAGGCCGGGAACGUGUCGGCGGCAUGGACGUCCGGCACAGCCUUGGCGCAAACUUCCUGCCGGAACCCCUGUGAAAGGGGCAUGGGUGGGGAAGACAUGGUAUGGACUGGGGAUGAAGCAUCUGUGAUACACCGCUCAAGCAGCCUGGGGGGCCCGUGUGCUUCCACAGGGUCCAGCAAUAGUCAGCCGGGCCCUCGACACAAUAGGGGCACCUCUGCAGCCUCCUCAUCCUCCUGGGCUGUCCACCGCCAGGGAAACCCUGGAAAGCCUGGAGUUGUCAGGGAAAUUGGCAGUUCCGGAAAACCCUCCAACGACAGCACCUCGGAAGGUGCAGACCAGUUACUGGGCGCUGUUGGGGGAUCGGAGGAGGCGACGUCACAACCCUCGUCGCAUCCGCCACAAUCGUCGCGCAACUGUCGGCCUCCACGCCUCGGCCUGCUGGGCGGAGGCGAAAGCUCACUCAACAACGGCACCACGGCCGCAGCCACGGGCUGGGGUGCGCCUCCCCCUGGGCCACAGGGGGGCUGGGGCUCAGGGGCAGCCCAGUGGGGCGGGGCUGCAAGCACGCGCGGGCCCGAGUACGCUACCGGUGGCCCAAAUCCCGGUGGGGAUGCGGGCGGUGCAAGCUCCCCGACCAAGCCCACAGCAGCAGCAGCAGGCAGCUGGGGUCAGAGCACCGUCACCAAGGGCGCCGAAGCAUCGGACCCCAAGAGCACCGCAGUGGCCACACGCAACGUCAUGGAAGAGCCCAUGUCAGAACUGCGACGAAUGGCGGCUUUCAGCGAGGGUUGGGGCCAAACGCCUAUAAACCAAGAGACGCCCUGGGAUGUGCCGAUGUCGCCAGGGACCAAAGAGCCACCCACGGGGGCGCCCUGGAGGGCUCCCGUCAACAAUGGCACCGAGGUCUGGGAGAACCAUAUGCGUAGCGCAAGAGCUGGUGGCAACAAGCAGCCCAACCCACCUCAGUCAGCGCAGGGUUCCAGCCAGUGCUCUCAGCAGCAGCCCUGGGGCAGCCACACCCCGACCAGCCACAUUGGGGGAACCUGGGGUGAGGAGGACGAGCCGCCUCCUUCGAACAUGUGGACCGGUGUGCCGACCCCGUCCCAGCAGGGCGGCCCCCGUCCACCGCCCGAGGGCCCUCACUCAUGGGGCGGGGACCACCACCGAGGCGGUGGCGGAGGAGGAGGAGAAAAGCACUGGAGUGGUGGUCCACCCCCUCCCCCGGGUUCCAAUUGGGGUGGGCCCGACGACCGAGACUCGCAAGGCCGCCUCUGGGGCGGCGGCGGCGGUGGCCGGCCGUCGCACAACAUGGACGAUGGCCCCAGCGGUGCUUGGGGCGGCGCGCCCAAGGGGGCCGGGCCCCCUCCCAGCGUGGGGACCUGGUCGCCCGUGGGCGGACCCAACGGCAAGCGAGAGCCGUCUGGCUGGGAGGAACCAUCACCACCGCCGUCGCGUAGGCCAGUGACCAACUAUGAUGACGGCACUGCCCUCUGGGGCAACCCUACGCGACAGGGCAAGGUGGGUUCUGCGGUGUCGCACUGGAAGGACAUGCCUUCGGUGAAGUCUAUCAGCGGCGGUGGUGGUGCUCCACCGGGCAUGCUUCGAAUGCCAAAGGAAGGAGUGUGGGGCGGCGGCGGAGGAGGCAAUAAGGGCCCUCGCGGAGGCGGUGGUGCCAACUGGGGAGACUCCAGCUGGGAGGACCACAACAAGGGCACCUGGGGCGGUGCUCCUCCGGACCAGGCCUACUGGGCCUCCAAGCCCAAGCCCUCGUGGGCCGACGGGCAAAUCGACACCUCCACCUGGGGCGGACCUGCUAAGCAGGGUGGCAAGCCUCUGACCAAGGACCUCAUCUAUGCCAGCAAGCAGUUCCGUAUCCUCGCCGAUAUGGGAUUCAAGAAGGAAGACGUAGAGAACGCUCUGCGCAUCAACCAAAUGAACCUCGAGGACACACUAAUCGACUUGAGGACCAUGGCCACCAGGGGAAAUGGCAAUCAGGACUCGGGCCUUUUGGAUGGCUCGGAUUGUGGCUUCCCGGUCGGGGGUCGUCCCAAGAUGCGCCCAGACGAAGACUCCCACGGUCCACUGGGGGAGGCGCCCUUUCCGGGCUUCCACGGUGCCGGCGGCUUCCAAGGGCUGCCGGUGUUUGGUGCCGGUUACGGUGGCGGACAGGGCUUCAAGCCUCCGCAGGUCAAGGGCUCCAACCAGGGGUCAAACGCUCCAGCUAGUCUACUUAACAGCACGGGGAUGGGCGGGCAGAACUCUAGUCUCACCGUAGGAAACAGUAUUAGCAGCCUCAGCCCAGCCCUCGUGCAGAAGAUUCUCCAGCAGCAACAGCAGCAACACUUUCCCGGAAAUGCUGGUGGUCCAGCCGGCAUCGGGGCUCGCCUGGGCCAGCCAAACGUGCCGUCUGCAACGCAGCUGCGUCUCCUGGUGCAACAGAUACAGAUGGCAGUGCACGCUGGACACCUCAACCCACAGAUUCUGAACCAGCCGCUGGCUCCACAGACCCUCCAGCUGCUGUACCAGCUGCUGCAGCAGAUCAAGGUUCUGCACGCGCUGCAGCAACAGCAGCAGAUUGUGCACAACAAGGGGCCGCCCAACAACCCACUGCAGGUCAGCGUGCAGCUGACGCAGACCAAGCAGCGCAUCCUCAACCUGCAGAACCAGAUUGCUGCUCAGCAGGCUCUCUUCCUCAAGCAGCAACUGCCUCCGCCUCCGCAGCCCCCACAGCAGGCCCCACCUCAUGUUCCGCCGCCUCCCACCGGACUGGGCGGCCCAACGCCGCAGGACUUCCUUGGAGCCGGCAAGCCCGGUGGCCCCGAGGGCCUGCACUCUGACUUCCGUGACCUGAACCUCAAGGACGCUGUGUCGCAGCAACAGCAGCACCAGCAGCAGCAGUCGCGCCUCAACCAGUGGAAGCUGCCAUCGAGCCUCGACGAAGAAAACAAGGCCCCGCAGCAGAACGGCGGUGGUGACUUCAGCAGGGCUCCUGGUCCCGCCUCCAAGGCCGGCAGCCUCUCGUCAUUCCUCGGUGGUGCUGACGGACCGUGGUCCUCGGGAACCUGUUCUCAGGACGGCUGGCCCGACGCACCACCCACCACCAGCUGCGCAGGCGGCACCUCCUCUCCUGGCGAGGGCAAGGACUCUGGUGUCGGUGGCUACAGCCUGAGUGACCUGGUGGCCGAGUUUGAGCCCGGCAAGCCGUGGAAGGGCGCAUCUGCCCUCAAGAGUGCGGAAGACGACCCACACCUGACGCCUGGAAGCGUGGUGCGCUCGCCCCUCUCGGUGAACACCAUCAAGGACUCUGAGCUAUUUGGCGGCAGCUGGAAGCAGAGCCCGCCUGGAGGGGAGGGCUCGCUCGUCGCCUCUCUGGCCUCGCUGACCUCCAGCACCUGGGCGUUCACUCCAGCCAUGCAUGGGAGUGGAAAUGGAAGCGGCGGCUCAUCCAAAGGCAAUGCUUCCAAGAGCAGUUGGGGUGGCAGCUCGGAGCAUCAGGCGCCGACAGACCCGUGGAACGUGGGGCCCAAGACCCGUGGCCCGCCACCCGGCCUCUCCUCGGGCUGGGACCAGCAGCAGGGUUCCAGCUUCCUGAUGCUCAAGAACCUGACCCAGCAGAUCGACGGCUCGACGCUCAAGACGCUGUGCAUGCAGCACGGACCUCUGCAGCUCUUCCACCUGUACCUCAAGCAUGGGCUGGCCCUGGUGCAGUACUCGUCGCGUGAGGAGGCCGCCAAGGCCCAGUCGGCGCUGCACAACUGCGUCCUCUCCAACACCACCAUGAUGGCCUUCAUCCCGACCGAGUCGGAGGUGGCACAGUUCCUGCAGCUCGGCAGCAGCCAAGGGCAGCACCCCUCGUCGCAGCAACAGCAGCAGCAGCAGCAGCAACACCAGAUGGCCUGGGGUGCCCCCACGAAUGCCUACCACCAGCCGCCGCAGCGCCCGCCCCUGCAGUAUGCGCCUGGUCGCCCCAGCAAGCAGCCCACGGAGCCGUGGAACACCACAGCCCCGCCCCCGGUGUCGUCGGCCGCGGCCGUCUCGUCGUCCAACGCCAGCCACCUGUGGUCCUUCCCUGGGGCCGGCGGCGGGCUCUGGGCUGCGCCCCAGACGAGCCAGGCCGGCGGAGUGGGUGGCUCCAACCAGAUGGACCACGACCACGGAGGCCCCGGAGGGCCCCAGUCCUCGCUCAACUCUUUCCUGCCUGGUGACCUGCUCAGCGGCGAGUCCAUGUGAGUGACGACCCCCCUUCCUCGCGGCAGCGAAAGAAAACCCGGAACUACUACAGUGACGACGAAGGAGGAGCAGCGCCCGUGAGCCGGUGCCUUGCCGGCCCUUUUUGUGAUAACCGCUUCUUUGUGGGGGGUGCUGGGCCGGAGCCCUUGCCCCGCAAGCGGCGGGACUCGGCGGCCGUGUGCCGCUUCUGCCGCGUGCCGCCUGGGUCUGUGUGUGUGUGCGCGUUCAUGGGUCUAGCGUCGUGUGCAUGUCCUCCCCCCACCACCACCUCCUCCUCCCCCCAGCCACAACCCCAUUCCCUCUGCCGCCGCUGCGCGCCGAAUGCCAAAACGACACAGACCGGCCUUUAUUAUUGUUUUUUUUUUUCUUUUCAGUCUCUCGUUUUGUCGCGUGUAUGUGUGUGUGCAUGUGUGAUUGUGUUAUGCUUGCCUGUCGCGAGUGGGAAAGUCAAUCAAGAUGAAAUGAAGAAAAAAUAGUAUAUACACAAACACACAUAUAAAAUAUAUAUAUAUAUUGAUAUUACACAUAUAUAUUAUAUAUAUAUAUAUUGACCACCUUUUACACGUGACUAAGAAUGUAAAAAAAAAAUGGGGAAAAAAAUCCAAAAAAAAAAAGAGAGAGGUAACUACAGAGAACACUGCUCUUCUGCACAACGUGUCUAUUCAGUUUUUAAUACCGUUGACGAAGUUUGGUCUUCUGGCAAGCACAAGUGGGGGAGGAUGUCUGUCAGCGGCGUGCGACGACUGCCAAAGUGUGAUACCUUCAUGGACAGAAUUUUUUUUUUCUUGUGAACAUUGUUUUUAUUAUCUGUGUUGCAGUAGUAGUCACCAUUCCCACUGCUGCUAAUGUUUUUUUUUUUUCCUUCAUGGGUUGCUUGUUUGUUUGUUCAUGGGUUGCUUCAUGGGUUGCCGCCCUCAAUUGCUCGAUGCCCACGUGCCGAAUCAAUGAUUUCUGCCGGAACGUGUGUUGCAGUCGGUCACCAGGGGGCACCAAGUGCGGUGCUGCGUCGCCGUCGGCGGAGAACAAGAAGUGACCUCUGUAGUUGAAGACGAUCUCCGUAUUGUCCGGCCACCGGAAUCGCCCGUGAUCGAACCGCGGUGCUGCAAUUUUUUUUUUUUUUUUUCCCUCGCCCUGUCGCACUGUAACGCGAGGCACGGAAGUCUGGGCUGGGCGGGCUUGCCUCUGUUGAAAACCAAAAAAACCCACAAAGAUAUGAAGUGCCAGAUUUAUUGCCGUAGCUCCUUGUUGGGACAAAUUUUACGCUUAAGAGGCAGCAGGCGUUGCUGAAAAGAAGCCUUAGAAACACCGAACGCGAGCGCCUCUCUGGCCCUGCCUACUGGGCUCGGAAGACGUGUUGUUUUUCUCUCUUCGUGUGUGCAAGCUCUCGCCUGAUGUAUGGGGAGACUAGUGUUCUUCGGGGGGCUGGCAUGGUGCCACACCCCAUCAGCCAUUCGACACAGGGCUCUGUCGACUUUUUUUUUUUUUCUCAUCUGGUUUUUCUUUUCAAAGGUCGCCCGAUUUCUCGGUCUCGUCCUCUGGGUGCGAGGUGGAGCUAUGGCAGGCUGGCAUCUCGCUGCAUCGGCAGUGGUGGCGGGCGAUGUGUGUGCGUGCACCGCACCAACAUAUCCGAGCGUGCAGGGCACAACCGUAUUCACCCAGUCAUGCAUGACAUUUGCAAUAACGUGGGGUGGGGGCUCUCAAUAGCAAAGUGUUCCGCUUUUUCUCGUGUUCACCAACCGUUCCUGGGUGUGUGGUUGUUUUUUUUUUUACGAGAGGUCAACCUCUCCACGGUUUUUCCUUCGGUUUCUCAUUGCAAUUCCCGUGCAACCUGCGGUGCACUGCAACACGCCGCCACCGCUGCCGCACCUGCCAACGAGCUCCCACUACCCAUUUGUAUAGAGACGGAAGAAGCUUGGAAGCGAGAUCACAUAUCUAACGCUCGGGACGCGAGGCCCGCUCCUGAGCAUCCUCGUCUGGCCGCUGUCGCAAACUGUCCCUUCGGUUGGCGACUUCUCUCCGAUUGCAAGUUGUAAAUUUUUUUUUUUUUUUUUCCCCGUCUCUCUCUGGAAGGGCGGCGCCCCGUUUCCCAGAAUGCGCACAUUGUCGGCUCCACUCCGCUUGCCGAGGGUCGCCUUCCCUUCUUGUGCCGCAUCGGUAGCUCAAGCCCUCCUCCAGCCAACCGCCCUGCCCGCGUCGACGGGACUUCGAGGGGCCGGGAAAGGAGGGGGCGCCACUGGUAUAGACUCCCCCUUUUUCGCAAAUGCAGGGGCUCCAACUCGUACCCCCCCUCGCACCCUUCCCUAAUCUCUCCCGAUUCCCACAAAGUGCUUCAGGGUGUGGAGUGUUGGGGUGGAGGGGGGGAAAAACACACAUAAGGCCCAACAUCUCUCUCUAUAUAUAUAUAAAUAUAUAUAUAUACUAGCGCAAUGCCUCUUCUCAGGCACACUGGUGUGGCAAUCUAUGCAUCUUGUGCGCAAACGUGCAAUACAUCUCCUGACCUGGUCUGUGUUAUUUUUUUUCCCCAAUGUCAGGGUUGGCAAAACUUAACACCGUAGAAGUGAGGAGGAAAAAGAAAUGUCGAAGUCUAGCACAACUCUUGCACUCAACAUUUUUUUUUUCCUCUCUCUCUAUCUCUGCGUUCUGGUAUUUCCGCGUUGUUGCAGUCCGUGCCAGCGAUGAGGCCUCCUUUUUACACCUGCGAUGCCUCGUUCUUCUUGAGUUCGUCGUCGACUCUCGACUGUUCUCUUAAAUCUCUGUGUGCCGGCUCAUGGUUGCACCACAUCAAUCUUGUGUUCCAAGAGUCCGUUGUGAAGAUUGCAGAGCAGCUUUUUGUCACAGGCAAAGGACAGCAGUACGUUUCGUGUGCCGUUUUCGUGUCCCUGUUACUUUUGGUGCUUUCAUUUCUUUCGGGUCACAGCGGCUGUGCAUAGCCUUUCCGUCUUGACUUGGUUAUUGGGCAGCUCUUGAUGCCAGGAGACACCUUAAGUGUUUCUCUGCUUCUCUCUCUUUUUUGUGUACUUAAAGCAAUGAUCACUUGUAAACUUGUGGCCAGCUAGUGUGGUUACUUUAGUUGUUUUUUUACCUUACCGUGUCUCCUAAUCUUGCAUGCACCAUUGUCUCACUAAGUGGUCCUUCGAUGUUCUUUAAUGUCCCCGAAGCCAGCGAUCAAAAGGGUUGACUUCUUUUUGUUAUCUCUCGUCUCAUCGCUGUCUCUCGAUGUGUGUUCGCAUCUGCCUCGGACAUUUCUCGUUCUGCCCACACACGGCUAUUUCUCGUUCCUUUGCUGAGAGUAUUUUAAUGAGUCACUCGAGCUUCUUGUCUUUCCGAAGUGCGCGUCGCGUUUGUCUUUCUUUAUUUUUUUAUUUUUUAGUCUUGCUUCUCAACGCUAACACAGUCGCCUCAAUGUCGUGCGUGCUCGGCACGUUCUGAUGCAGUUUAAAAAAAAAUACAAGCGAGGGGACGGUUGGUGUAGUUUGGCAACGUAGCCUGGGGCCAAAGUAUAGACGAAGCCUGGAGAGAUGAGGGCGCUCCUCCUUGUAGCCCUUGUUCGUCCCUCCAUUACAAAAAAUGUUCGGCUCUCUCUCUCCCUCGCUUUCGUUCAUCUUGUACAGAUUGUCGGUUUGUGCGUGUGUUACAUAUGUGUGCUGUGUUUGUGUGUGUACAUAUAUAAGCUACGCUUUUUAGUGAGAUUUGGGGAGCUUGCCCGUUCCCUCCCUUUGGGCAGUUUAGGGAGCGGGGCGGGAAGGUGCACCCAGCACUACUGUUGAGAAGAAAAAAAAUGAAAAAAGAAAAAAAAAUGAAACCCAGCCCGUUGUCACGCUUUCUUUGCAGGGUGAGACUUAGAGGGAUGGGUGCCAGAGAGUUGCCAUGUGCAUUUUUUCGGGGGCCAUCGCGGACGACGUGUUGUCCCCCGUCCCGAGAGCUUUUUGUAGAAAAUGCAAUGACUAAAGAACUAAAAAAGGAGAGAAAAAUCCGUGCCUUGACCAAACAAGGUGCGGAACCAAAAAAAAAAGAAGAGAAACGACAUAUAUAUAUUAUAUGGAGUUCGGACAGGUGCACUCGCUGCGUGCAAGUUGUUCACUCGUUUUUUUUGGGGGGGGUGUCUACGUCGUGGGGGACCUAACCUUAGCAGGGGGCGGACCUGUCGCUUUCCAGAGCCAAGUGCAUUAGUGGUGGAAUCUCUCUUGCGGCAUCGCGUUGUGCACGGGUGCUUUUGUGGUUUUCCUUGGGAAAGGUGGCGGAGGCUCAUGUGCACCACCUUGUCUCGUGUGCGUGUGUGUGAGCGUUUAAUGUUAACACGUAUCAAGUCUCUUGUCAGUGCGGGACACGGGCAGCGGAAGAAUACCUUAAAGAAGACAAGCACCUAAUACUCUAGUGUAAAAAAAAAAAAAGUAAGAGGCCACUGGCACAGCUGCACGGGAUCUGCUCAAAGGAAAAUAGGCGGGCACUCGGGUGCAGAGGAUGCGCAUCGUUCCCUGUCUCGCUCGACCAGCCUUGCUUGCCCCCGCCCCGUGAAGCCGCCAAGGGAAUGUUUCUCGGACGGGGGCAAUGAUUAGUCACUUCUGCCUAGUGAGCAGUCAAAGUAAGAGGGAGGCUCGCCACCCACCCCCCCCUCCCUCGACAAAGAUGUUUUCGGGUUCUUGCAAGCCCUUCUCAGUUGUGUACAAAGUUGUCUGGGGAAAAGGAGGGGGUUGCACCGUCGCAAGUGUCGUCUCGCGGCAGCUAGCAUCGAUUCCAGGCAAAACGCGUGCUGGCAUUUUUGGGCAGGGGGUUUCGAUGGGGAUGGGCAGGGGUGCGAGUGUGCAUUUGCAGGUGUGUGGUACAAGGGUUGGGUGUUUUGGUGGGGGAGGCAGCGUUACAACAAGGGUGGUUGUUUUCCAAACUGGUCUCAGUAGUAGCAGCGGCACGGCCGUCUUGGAGAGGUUUGCUCUCAUCCUUGAGAGUGCGGUGAAAUGAGAUUAUGUGGGUCGAUUUGGGGCGGGGGGGUUGCUGGUGCUCGUUUUCCCCCUUGUGCCGGCUUGUGGGGGGGGUGUGUGUGUGUGUGUAGCGUGCUUGUACAUAGUUAGGGGCGUCCACUUCCUACACUACUUUGUUGUUUGGGGAAAAUCUCCUCCAUGCCAAAGCUUGGUGCUUCCCAUGCCGGGACGCUCUGAAUUGCAUUCCAUUUUCUAGCCGCACAGGUCAGGUGUUCCUCCAAGAGGGGCUGGUUGGGGAUCCUGUGCAAAUGGGGGGGCGGCGAGGGUUUGGCACGCUGCAUUGCGCAUGUCCGUAGCAUUGCGUUGGGUGCGGAACGAUGCAGGCACGGCAGCGUGAUUGUUGACGCACUGUUGCAGGUUCACGCGAGGGGCAGUGGGUGGGGCAGAGGGGUGCGUGUGCUUGCAGACUAGAACACAGCUGGGGAUGCAUGCGCGUAUGCAAUCUGGCGUUAGUCUCUCCAGCUGCAAAGCCCGAAUUUGAGUUGCUGAAAUGCCGCGAGGACAACAAUUGUUUUUUCUGUGCCUUAAUGUGGGGAGGGGCGGGGGGUGAGAAAAAAAGUUUCCACGGGAAAUGCAAGGCCCGUUCUUCUGCCAGGGUUGGUCAGGGCAAAGUGCAUGUCUGGUUCGCCUUUCUCGCCAGCAGAAACGGGAGGGAGCAACGGUUGACCGUCGGUGAUGGUCUUGUUCGUACUUCCCGAAGCGGUUCCGAUGACGACACAAUGCCUCCGAUGCCUCUCUGCACGGGUUGAGCUGUUUUAUCCGUUUUUAAGUUGAUCCAUUACUGCCGACCUCCAUUGCCCCCUUUUCCCGUGGUCGAGAGGCCGCAGCCUUCCUGGCACAGUUUUUGAACUACUGGCGCACGCAGCCACGUUGGGGGCAGGGGAAAGGGCAGGGGUGCACACUCAAUGUGAUCUUUCAGAUGCCCGCAAGAUUUCUCUUGUGCCACUCAGCUUUUGCAUGUGUGUGUGGGUUUGUGUGUUUGUGUGUGUGCAUGCGUGUCAUGCUAGUUCCCCAAAUUUCAAAAGGAUUCUCGUCACAGCUAGCUUUAUAUAUCCAAAUUUGUAUUCUUAUUUCGCGUUUAUCACAGAUAUUCUGCCGCAGGGGUAUUCCCGCACCUAGUGCCAUCCUAAAGAGAUCCUUUUUUUUUGUAUGUGUAGCUUUCGAGUAAAAACAUUUUUUUUUUUCUUUUUGUCGUAUUGUGACAUUGCCGUGGCUGUGAGGGCUGUCCAGUCGCCUUCGGCCCUAGUUACAUGUGGAGCCCAGGUGCUUCACACCCCAAACUUACCUGCGGCUUCACUCCCAGUCUUUUUUUUUUUCACUCGUAUGGUGCUGGAAAGAUAACUCACAGAAGAACAAACAGAACAAUGUGUGUGUAUAGCUUUAAGAAUUAAAAAAACAAUACCAGUACACAGUGGCAGCAAUCACGUGUUAACGGACGCAGUUCCACCUGUAGAAUUGCUCGAAAGCUCACGUUUUUUGAACUUCUACCCCCUCCUCCUACUCCACCUAUGCGAGCUGGUUCGGGGGUGGGGGUGGAGUCAUAUCGAGACCUCGUGUAUAGACUUUCUGGUCGAUUUGCCGCCAUACAUGGUACUACUGCCAAGCCCAUUAGUCAUUCAGUGUCGUACACGUCUUGGCUGCUCAGCGGUCUGGUCGUCGUUGUUGCUCGAAUUGUUGAAAGUGCUUGUGCGGGCUCUUCGAGUUGGGGAGAGCACAAUCAUGACUUUUUGGCCAAGGCGGGUUUGUUUCCUCUGACGGGCUUUCCAAAGCGGAACAAUUAGUUUGUAGCAGCUGACCAGUGCGAACGGGCUGCUUCGGUGACGCAAGCAUUUAUUAUAAAAAAAUAAGCCGAAGGUACUCAAACAUUGUAGCUUGUGGCAGGGUUGUGUGUGUCUGGUCGUCACAGGUCAUUCUCUCUUAUUUUUUCUUUUGUAGUGUUCUUUCUCCAAGUUUGUUCGCCUGCAAUCGACGUAGCUGAUAUUUAGGCAUUGUGACUUGGUGGUGGUCGGCCCGAAGCGUGUCUUUCUCCCUCGAAACGGCAAGCCAAAAGAAAAGUUAAAAUCUCAAGACUACCUCCUCCUCGCCCGGGAGAAGUUGUUAGUUCUGCCGCAAUGCGCGUCUUUUGCCGAUGUACACCGUAUACCUGAUCAAUAAUCAUUGUAUUGUCCCGUUACUCGCGGGACAGGUUCAAGCAAAGCUCACUUCAUUUGUGGCCUGAAUCUUGCAGAAAAAAAUAAUAAUAAUAAAUGAAUAUUUAAUGUUAUCUCUCCCGCGUGCUAUGUGUUGCUUGUUCCCCCUUCCACCCCCCCCAACCUGCUCACGCGUGUCUUGUGUUGGGGCGAGAACCUUUCCUCCUGUAGGGAUUCGUCCAUCAGCUUCUUCCAAGUGUGUUCAGCAGUGAAGUUUAUGUGCCGAUUUUAGUUGCUCUGUGGCCAUUACCACAGGAAAUUUUUACCAGUGUUGGGGUUGUAGGGGAUGGGGUCUCAUGCCACGGGGUUGGUCCUUGCAAAACUGUUGUACCAUCAUACCAUGUGCAUUUCUUUAUGUUCGAAUGACCUCUCGUUACACAUUAUUAGGUACCUGCUUGGGUCGAACUUUGAGGAGGAGAAAACAGGCUUGGCAAACUCUUUAUUUUUUUAGACACUUAACUAGGUCAACAUUUAAGAGUGAUGUCCUCUCUCACUGCUUUGGGGGGGGGGAGGGUCAGAGUCUCUCGCCAUCGAUUCCACACAAACAUGGCAUGCCUUUUCGAGUCAUUUUUUUUUUUUCUUGCCCCCUUUUGCAUGGCCAUGUUUUUACAGCCCGGUGGCUUAGAGUGACUCGUGCAUUGCUUUUACCCCCAAACUCAUGCAAAAAAACAAAAAAAAAACAAGCACUGUCUCUUCCAAAAAUGUGAAAUGUUUUAACCACUGACAUGCUGUGGCACUCCUCUCGGCUUUCUCGCAAGCAGCCAUUGCGAAAUAGCACAUUUUUCAUUAGUAUUUCUGUGGCAAAUCACAAAGCAGAACAUGAACAAAACAAAAGUAAGAUACGUGUGUAAGUGCGUGCAGGCCUUUGCAAGCAUGUCGGCAAGGGUCAUCUCCCGGGGGCAGCUGGCUAAGGUUUUAAAUAAGGGUGACAUGGGGGAGGGGGGGGUCACGUUCAAGCGAGCUCCAUGUAGGUCGAGAAUUACACGUCAGCCACAACUGUGCCGGCAUGGGUAGUGUUAUUGGGGAGAGGGGUCCAGGGAGCAACGUGGGGUAUUGGGGGGGGGGGGGGGUGCAGAGACCGUGCCAGGUUUGGCCACAGGGCAGCAGUGGACGAUGAUCUCAAAGUAACUAGCCACUACACUAACCGCUGUGUGGCACCCCCUCCCCAUUUCUCUCACCUGUGCAACAAACCUCCCCACCUCCUGCCAUUCCCUGAAAGACAAUCAGGGCAAGCGCUCUCUCUCUCUCUCUAGCGCGUCUCGAGUAGCGUUAGUUGCCGACACGGCGCAUGCCCCCCCCCCCCCCCCCUGCAGUGCUGAUCACCCGCGUGCCAAAGCAGCAGCAGCCAGGAGAGAGAACGCCUAGUCAUAAAGCGGCUCCCUCUGCAGCAGCAGUAAGCACUAAUUGAUGCAGGGCAGCAAAGCAAGCGCUUGGACCAUGUGCCUUUGCCACAGCUGUAUCAACCCCCCGCCCUGUGACCCCUUCCUCCUGCAUCUCUUACUUAAUGCAACACUUGAUGACAUCGCUGAUCACAAGGCAGGCGUUCGGGGGGGUUGGGAGGUGGAACACGGAAAUGUAAUCCAGAGAAUGGAAGCUGCGUCUGCCACGACGACAUCUUGCCACCUCCGCGAGAGCCUGGUGCAUGUGCUGUGUUAGGGGGAAGCGGGAUGCGCGAGCUUUUUGGGCGGAGUGCGUGGUUGGUACCUCGCUUACUACUUUCUUCGUUCCCUCGCACUGUCCGCUCUAACUGCGUCUCGGUGGUGGUUGGUGGCAAUGUUUGAGGGUGGGGUUCGGGAACUCCUCGUGGCAAAACAAGGAAUUGUGUGAGGGAGGGGCAGGGGGGGUUUUCCUCCUUGAGUAAACACAAUAUUGUCUGACGAUGAGGGGGAGAAAAAAAACACUUGUUGCCAAUGUGAUUUUUGUUGGUGAGAUAUGUGCACAGCAAUUGUUACUAUGAACUAGUAUUCCUAUUAAUCGCUCGUAUAUAUUUUUUCUUGCGCGCAUGGCGCAUGAGUGUAUAACGUGUACGUCCAGGAUAAAGGAGGGUGUGUUUGUGUACGUGUCUCAAAUCUAUGUGUGUCAUAUGCACGUCGGCACAUCAUUAUUAUUAUGUAAAUGUGAACACAUGUUGUUGGAAAAAGGUUUUUUUUUUUUUUUUUCAAUAUAUCCCCCCUCCCUUUUGAUGUCUCAGGGUUUCCAAAGAUGUGAUGAUUUCGACAUACUUGCGUGUGGUGUUCCUUUGCAACCGUUGCUGACUUUUUUUUUCUUUUUUUUGCUCUCGUCAGCUAAGGAGUUUUGUUUUUAAGUUAUUGUGUUGCUCGCGCUCUCCCUGUUCCCCUGACUCUUGUGUUCUGCCGUUGUUGCCACCGCCAGACAGCGAGCAGCAGAAGAGGACGUUUGUCCUUCCUAACAACAGUGGUGGCCAGUUGAAGGAACUGUUGUGUGCGAUCAAUGUUUCUGACAGUCCGCCCAACCUGCGGCACUUGCAAAGAGAGGCUGCCGCUUGCCCGCGGCGACUCGUGCCAGGAUUGUGCACCACCGCCGCCGCCAAGAACGUCUCUGCAACGGCAACCACCAUUGCAGUGGAACAAAGCAAAAAAAAAAAAAAAGUGUCAACGGAAGGGGAAAGAAAACGUGUCUCCAGGUGUUGCUGCUCCGUGCGUCUGUAUGCGCGCAUGUGUGUGUGCGCCGCAUUUUGCUGCCUCUCCAAGUGAAAAACGGACCUACUUCAUUCCGAGACUCUUAGCGGGUGACGCGUGCCACGAGCAGGCGCUUGCUCGGCGUGCGUACGCUCGCGCUGGGUGCAAUUUCGACUGGGGGCGCGCGAGUUAUAUGACAAGCACUUGUGUUUCAUACUGUUUGUCCUUUCCGUGCACCCAUGCAUGUAUGUUUUUCAUUUUGUCUUGUUGAUGAGAAUUUAACGGGAGGGCAUGCCUCCUCGGCAGCUCUCUACUUGCUCCAGUCCCCAAAAGAUGGAAAAAAGAAUAGCGCUGUGGUGCCACAGUCUCCAAGGCCCCCCCCACACCUCGUAGCAGAGGUGGGAGGCUCACUCGGGCGUCAACAGUUUGGCGCAAGUGUGGUGCACGCAAUUUUUUUUUCCCCUUUCUUUCGGGGCAUUUGUUUAAUUUCUUCCAUCUCUUUGUCUUUGGUGUGCGCGUCCAGGAGGUUUAGUUUUAUAGCAACGAUAUGAAAGAGCACUGGUUGCUUAUGGUCCCAAGCACAGAGCUGACAUAUUAAUGAGUGUUGUGUCGCACAUGCUGAGGGAGGGGGGAGGGAGGGGGUUCUCCGUUCAGAAUCCCAGCCGAUGCAAUGCAACUGGUGACGGGGAAGCCGCGUCCGCCACAGAACAUUGUGGGGACGAAGUCAUUUAUGGGAUGGCACGUUUUGUCGAGGCUAAUGGGAGAUUUUUGUAGUCUUUAAAAAGAUGCUAAACAACAUUGCGGUUGCUCCUUUGAUGUGCAACGUGCCCCUCAACGCAUGCAACUAUACUACAGUACUACUUGCAACUACUAACGCAGCAAAGAAGAAAAAAAAGCAAAGGGUGGCAUUCUUUCUAUCCAAGAGAGUGUGACAGCAGCCAACACAUUACCAAUUGAUAUUGAUGCACUUAGUGAAGAUAUUUUAAUCUCAGGUUGUGUUUACCUGCCUCUUCCCCCUUACUUGCGGUGUGUUGUGUUAAAUGUUUUUUUACCUGGCAAUGUUCUUCCACACGGUGUUGCGAGGUGUGGGUUGAACCUUUGAUUUUGUUCAGCUCGGGAGGGCACAGCCCUUUCCCCUUUUAUUUCUUGCAUCCCCUCCCCCCUAUUUCCCCUCAGUUUUAACUGAUUGCAAUUGUGACAUUUGUGUUUUUUAGAUGACAUGUGAAAGAAAAAUAUCUCACUGUGGUGACAAAAGUGUGCAUUUCCAAGUUUAUGCUUUUUUUUUUCUUGCUCCUUGUGUUUUUGCUCUUUUUUUUGUUGUGUUUACAUGUACAUUUGUUUCUCUAGAUUAAGUAUAACAAUAAUGCAUUGUUCAAUUUUUAUUAUUUGUUGCAACAUUUUUCCCUUCUUCUUUAUCCCCAUGGGACCGUGCUCUUUAGUGUCCACCAAUACUGUAUAUUAUUACCACUAACUACCACUGUUGUCGAGGUGUGUGUGUAUUUGAGGAAAAAAAAAGUGACAAGGAAGCAACAACAACAAAAAAAAAAGCGUGCGACACUUGACAAACCAAGGGUACAUAUAGAUAUUUAAGGACACGGCACCGCGGGGAACCCAACAUGUGAUUCAGACUGCUAGUUCAAAACCCAAGCCCCUCGCUUUGUCUGGGGGGCUCCGUGUUCGACGUGGAAGAACUUGCUUAUUCAGGGGCCUUCUCACACCAAACACACACACACACACGAAAGUUGUAGAUGGUUUUAUUAUAUAUACAUAUUAUAUAUGCGCGGAGAAUGAUGCUGGCCGUACUUGGACGACGACAAAGAUACUGAAAAAAAAAAAACCUUGUGAUGUGUUGAUGAAUUUAUUGUAUUGUAAUAGCAGUCAACUUUCAGGCAUUAAAGGUUUGUGUAAUAUGUGCCUCCCA